AUGCUCCUCUGCGACACGUGCGACCGCGGAUACCACACCACGUGCCUCUCGCCGCCUGCGCACUGCGCGGGAGACCGCGCCGGCACGACGCGGCUCAUCGACCUGAGAAACCACAGCAAAUUUCCAGCCGGGUUCACGCUGCUGAGUUUCUUGGACUGGUCGUCCCUCCGAGAGAUGGAGAAGCGACUCAAUAGGUCGCUGAGCAUGGCUGAGUAUUGGGAGUUUCGCAUCCUACUUGCGCAGUACUGCUGGAGUCUGGAGAGGAGGAUUUGCCACGAUGAAUAA